GUGAGGUGCAGAGGGAAUGUGUCUCCUUCCAGAUCCUAUUUCUGACAGCUGAGCAGCAUUUCUCUGCCUUGGAGCUGCUCAGCAGGUUUCUUCUUCUUCUUCUUGAUUUUUUAUUGGCGGUGCUCAGCAGGUUUGUUCUGAUGUCCUGCAGGUAAAGGUUCACCUGAGGUAAAGCACCAAGAGUUGUGGGGUCAGACACCGAGCCGAGGAGCUGAUCCUCCCCGCAUUCAGACCGCGGUCUGUGGGCGUUUCUGACCCACAAUGUUGGCUUUUUGCAGCAGAGCAGUGGCGGCCAUGGUGAGACCGUGCGUCCUCGGGAGGCCCCGCCACCUGGUGAAGCCCGUCUGGGCGAGCCGGGUGGCAGGCAGGUACCUGAGCCAUCAGCGAGGGCUGCCCAGUCUGCCCGUGCCCCCCCUGCAGCAGACCUGCCAGCGCUACAUGGCGGCGCUGGAGCCCAUCGUGGAGGCGCACGAGCUGAGCCGCACCAGGCGGCUGGUGGAGGAGUUCCAGGAGGCCGGAGGAGUCGGAGAGCGGCUGCAGAGAGGCCUGGAGAGGAGGGCCAGAGGAGCCGACAACUGGCUGUCCCAGUGGUGGGUUCAGGUGGCCUACCUGGACUUCCGCAUGCCGGUGGUGGUCCAUUCCAGCCCAGGACUGGUUCUGCCCAGGAUGGACUUCAGGGACCGAGCAGGACAGAUCAGGUUUGCUUCCAGGCUGAUCGCAGGAGUUCUGGACUUCAAGACGAUGAUCGACAAUGAAACUCUGCCGGUGGAGUACCUGGGAGGGAAGCCCCUGUGCAUGAACCAGUACUACCAGGUGCUGUCGUCCUGCAGGAUCCCCGGCUUGAAGAGCGACUCGGUGGUGAACCACGCCAGGAGCUCCCGGCCCCCCAGACACAUCACGGUGGCCCACAACUGCCAGUUCUUCCAGCUGGACGUGUACAGCAGCGAUGGGACUCCGCUGACCCCAGAUCAGCUCUGCGUCCAGCUGGAGAAGAUCUGCGGAGCCUCAGGGGAGGCCGAGGCUGAGCCCGUCGGCAUCCUCACCACCCAGCAUCGAGACGUGUGGGGAGAGGCCUACCUGCGCCUCAUCAGCGAUGAGACCAACAAAGAGUCGGUGACGGCGAUCCAGAGGAGCAUCUUCACCUUGUGUCUGGACGGAGCCCCGCGUGGAGCGGCCGCCGAGCUCCACCGCAGCUCUGCCGCCGUCCAGAUGCUGCACGGAGGAGGCAGCCGGGGCCACAGCGCCAACCGCUGGUUCGACAAGACGCUGCAGUUCAUCGUGGGAGAAGACGGAACGUGCGGGGCCAACUACGAGCACGCUCCGGCCGAGGGCCCGCCCAUCGUGGCGCUGAUCGACCACGUGGUGGAGUACACCAGGAGGAAGCCCGAGACGCCCGGGUCCCCCGCGGGGUCCCCGCCCGUCCCUCGCAGGCUGCGCUUCAACGUCACGCCUGAGAUCCGGCGGGACAUCCAGGACGCCAAAGUCAGCAUGGACAGCCUGGCGCAGGACCUGGAGGUGAGGGUGGAGGUGUUUGGACACUUUGGCAAGAAUGUCCCCAAAGCUCACAAGAUGAGUCCAGACGCGUUCAUCCAGAUGGCGCUGCAGCUGGCCUACUACAGGAGGUUCCGGCGCUGCUGCUCCACGUACGAGAGCGCCUCCCUGCGGAUGUUCCGACUGGGCAGAACCGACACCAUCCGCUCGGCGUCCAGCGCCUCGGCGUCCUUCGUUAAGGCCUUCGACGAUCCCAGCAAACAGAACCAGGAGAAAGUGGAUCUGAUGGAGAACGCUGUGAGGGCCCACCGCGCGUACACCAACAUGGCGGUCAGCGGGCAGGCCAUCGACCGACACCUGCUGGGCCUGAAGAUGCAGGCUGCCGAGGAGAACCUCCCGGUACCGGCCGUCUUCACGGACCCGGCCUACGCUAAAGCUCUCCACUACCGUCUGUCCACCAGCCAGGUCCCGUCCAAGACGGACUGCGUCAUGUGUUUCGGGCCGGUGGUACCGGACGGCUACGGCGUCUGCUACAACCCCAUGGAGGACCACAUCAACUUGGCCGUGUCGGCGUUCAACAGCUGCAGGGAGACGGACGCGGCGGUUCUGGCCGGCGCCGUGGAGGAGGCUCUGCUGGACAUGAGGAGGCUGCUGGACCAGAACCCCCGGUCCAAACUGUGAGACCCUGUGGAGACCAGACGUUUCCCUCUCUGGUCAGCUGACUGACCCGCGCUGAGCACUUUAAGGUCCGGUGGUGCCGGCUGGGCGGUUCUGGUUCCUUAGCGGGAUUUGAACAAAAAUCAAUAAUUGAUUCAUUUUCUGAAUUAAUUUUCUGAAUUCUUCAACCGGUUCUUCUAAAACUGCUUUGGAGGAAACGUUUAAAUGUUGCAAAACAAUCAGAUAGAAGUUUGUAACGGAUCAUUUAGAGCAGGGGUGUCAAACAUAUGGCCCGCGGGCCGGUUCCGGCCCGCCGAAAAAUUUAGUCCGGCCCGCUGGCUA